GCAGAAGGUCGAGAGAGAGUAGUAGCGUAGUAGUAGGUCGCGUUUCGACUACACCGAAAUUUCCGCUGCCGGCUAAAAAGCACAUGGUUUAUUUUUUAAUUGAAUAAAAAUGAAAUAAUUUAUAAAAAGAAAAAAAAAUGGUUUCGAAAAUUAACGGCACGGGUAAUACCGAUUCUACUAUGAAUAAGCAAAUUGAGCCCUUUGAAACAGACGAAGAAGAUUCACCAAAAUUGCAAAGGAAAAUUACUUUAGUCAAUGGGGUUGGUUUGAUUGUUGGAACAAUAAUUGGUAGUGGUAUAUUCGUUUCGCCGACCGGAGUCUACCAAGCCAGCCAUUCGGUCGGAAUGUCCAUUUUGAUCUGGAGUUUAUCUGGAAUAUUCUCGAUGCUUGGAGCAUUAUGCUAUGCGGAAUUGGGCACUUCCGUUACAAGAUCGGGAGGCGAUUACGCUUACAUUUACGUCGCUUUCGGUCCUUUAGCCGCUUUUCUGAGAUUAUGGAUGGCUAUACUGAUUAUCAGGCCCACUACACAAGCAAUAGUAGCUAUUACUUUUGCCGAAUACGCAGCCAAACCUUUUUUUCCCGAAUGCAGACCGCCUGAUAACGCUAUCCGGCUGUUAGCUGCGGCUUGUCUAUGCUUGCUGACCGCCAUCAACUGCUUGAGCACAAGAUGGGCGAUGAGGAUUCAAGACGUUUUCACUGUUGCCAAACUUGUAGCUCUCGUCGCCAUCAUUAUGACCGGGAUUUAUUAUUUGUUCACAGGUCAUACGGAAAACUUUAACGACGCCUUCGAGGGCGACUACAAUCUUUCCAGUAUUGCUCUGAGCUUUUAUUCGGGCCUAUUCGCUUUCGGCGGCUGGAACUAUUUGAAUUUCGUCACCGAAGAACUUCAAGAUCCUUACAAGAAUUUACCAAGAGCCAUAUGGAUCGCAUUGCCGGUAGUCACUGGCGUCUAUGUUCUAGCCAAUGUGGCCUACUUUGCCGUUUUAUCCGGGGUGGAAAUGGAAAGUUCCUAUGCUGUGGCUCUGUCCUUCGGAAUGAAAAUGUACGGCAGCUACAGCUGGAUAAUUCCGAUUUUUGUAGCACUUUCUUGUUUUGGUGGAGUGAACGGAAUUCUCUUCACGUCAGCCCGUCUAUUUUUAACCGGAUCCCAGGAAAAUCACUUGCCCAAAUUGUUUUCUUACAUUCACGUCAAGAGGGAAACACCGAUACCCAGUCUAAUAUUCACGUGUGUAGCUUCGUUGGCGAUGCUCUUCGUUCGUGACGUCAUAGUCCUGAUAAACUACUACGGCCAAAUUUUGUGGUUUUCGGUAGCGGCCAGUAUAGUGGGAAUGCUGUUGCUCAGAUACAAGCAACCGAAUGCGCCACGCCCGAUUAGGGUGCACACGUCGAUUCCGGUUAUUUUCCUUUGCGCGUGCGCAUUCCUGAUUAUUUUUCCGAUACCGGACCAACCGAUGAACACCGUUAUCGGAGCGGCAAUAACCUUAUCAGGCAUUCCAGUUUACUAUUUGUGUAUAAAAUGGCAAAAUAAACCCAAAAAGUACACAAGAAUCGUCGAAAAACUGACAGUAUUUUUGCAACAGCUUAUGGAACUGACCUCGCCCGAAGCCACUCAGCUUUUAUCCCAAACUUAAGCUGCUUUUAGUUAAAUUUAAGUAUUUAUUUGAAACGACCAAUCAGGUAUUGAUUGGACUUGUUCCAAUAACCAAUCAGACCAAUCAUAAUUUUGUACCAAAACUUUGGGGUUAGUACCUCUGAAGAGAUUUUUUUAUUAUAUUGUAUACACUAAUUUUCGAUCUCGAACUUUUUGUAUUAUUUUUUUUUUUUUGUAUUUUUAUUAUUGUUGAUGACCAAAUAAUAUUGUACAAUAAUUUAGCAAAAAUAAAUAUAUUUAUUGAAGCAUUUAAAAAAGAA